UCGCUUCAUCUCCUAUCCCGCUCGCUCUCUCCCUCUCUCUUUCUCUCUCUGUUUUAUCAGCAUUUAGCAUUUCUUUAUCUCUUUCUUGCUCACCUGAGACGUAGCGUCGGAGAAAUAUUUACCUGGCAAAGGUGGAACUACGGGCGGAAAUACACGAGGUGCUACGAGUCAUUGCGAGUAUUCAGCGAAAUGACGUCAAUAUUGGUCGCUCUCUUGUGCUUGACAAGCUCUACAUGGGCUUUUGUUGUCAAGUAUCAACCCGAAGCUGUUCAUCUGUCUUUUGGAGAUCAAAUUCAAGAUAUUGUUGUCACUUGGAGUACAAAAGAUGAUACCAAAGAAUCCCUCGUCGAAUAUGGAAUUGGGGCUUUUCAGUUCACUGCCAAAGGGAAUUCUAGUCUGUUUGUUGACGAAGGAAAGCAGAAACAUCAUCAGUAUAUCCACAGAGUAGACUUGAAAAAUCUUAUACCAGGGGAGAAAUACAUGUAUCAUUGUGGUAGCAAUUUCGGCUGGUCCAAUAUAUUCUACAUGACAACUCCUCCAGCUUCAAAAACUUGGACUCCUCAGAUAGUAAUUUUUGGAGACAUGGGCAAUGAGAAUGCCCAAAGUCUGUCGCGACUACAGGAGGAGACCCAACGCGGCCUCUAUGAUGCAGCGAUCCAUGUUGGUGAUUUUGCAUACGAUAUGGAUAGCGAUGAAGCGAGAGUUGGGGAUCAGUUCAUGAAACAAAUCGAGGGGAUCGCUGCCUACCUGCCUUAUAUGACAGUCCCCGGAAAUCACGAGGAGAAAUAUAAUUUUAGCAAUUAUAGAGCCCGGUUCUCCAUGCCAGGAAACUCAGAGGGUCUUUGGUACAGCUUUAAUGUAGGCCCGGUACAUUUUAUAGCCAUUGAUACUGAAGUUUAUUAUUUCAUGAAUUAUGGGAUUAAGCAAUUGGUGAAACAGUUCGAGUGGCUCGAUGAAGAUCUAAGGAGGGCGAAUGAACCAGCUACAAGAACUGAGAGACCAUGGAUUGUAACCUUUGGCCAUCGUCCAAUGUACUGCAGCAAUGCAAACAGUGAUGAUUGUACCAAUCAUGAGUCUCUGGUGAGAGUUGGACUUCCAUUUCUCAAUUGGUUCGGUCUGGAAAAUCUCCUCUAUAAGCAUCGUGUGGAUCUCCAGUUGUGGGCUCAUGAGCACAGCUAUGAGAGGCUAUUUCCCAUGUACAACUUUAAAGUCAUGAAUGGCAGUUACGAUAAACCCUACACAAACUACAAAGCACCUGUGCACAUCGUUACAGGUUCAGCAGGUUGCAAAGAAGGCAGAGAAAAAUUUACACCAAAGAGACCUCAUUGGUCGGCAUAUCGUAGUGCUGACUAUGGUUAUACCAGAAUGAAAGUCUUUAACAAGACACAUUUAUAUUUAGAACAAGUGUCCGACGACAAAGCUGGAGCGGUUCUCGAUGAAGUUUGGCUGAUCAAGGAUACCCCAGUUCCCCAGUAUCCUCCAAACUGACACCUAUAAACUCUUAAAAAUUCAGAUAAGCCACAUAUCCUCAUAAAAAUACGGAAAAACCCGUCAAUUUACCAACAUUAUUUUCAAUGUCAGAUGGAUGGAAUAAACUUACUACAACAA